AAGACGGUUUGAUAUGCGUUGGUGGGCGCUUGAGGAAGUCCUCGCUUCCAGUGGUGAUGAAGCAUCCGGUGCUGAUACCAGGAAAGAGUCACAUUGCCAAACUUCUUGUACUACACUAUCACAAUAAUGGGCAUUCUGGCAGACAGUUGACAGAAGGUGCUUUGCGGGACGCGGGCUUUUGGAUAACUGGGGGCAAGAGAGUUAUAUCGUCUGUUAUCCAUCGUUGUGUGAACUGCCGUAAACUCAGAGGUAAGACCGCGCUCCAACGCAUGGCUGAUCUUCCCCAGGAGCGUCUGAAGGCUGGACCUCCUUUUUCACAGGUUGGCGUAGACUGUUUCGGGCCUUGGGAAGUGGUCACCAGAAAGACCAGAGGAGGUGCUGCUCAAAGCAAGAGGUGGGGAAUGAUAUUCUCCUGUCUCACUUCUAGGGCUAUUCAUAUCGAAGUUCUUGAGGAAAUGAGCACUUCGUCAUGCAUCAACGCACUUCGACGAUUUAUGGCUGUACGAGGCAAGGUUGAGACUUUUUGGUCCGAUAGAGGAUCAAACUUUGUGGGAGUGUUGAACGACAAGGUGUUUCAUACUUAUCUGGAGAGGAACGACACCGAAUGGAAGCUAAAUCCUCCCCAUGCCCCUCACAUGGGAGGAGUCUGGGAGAGAAUGAUUGGUUUGUUCAAGGGAAUUCUUAAUGGUAUCUUACUCGAGGCAAAACAGAGGGACCUUACACACGAGACUUUGGCCACCUUCAUGAUGGAAGCUAUGGCUAUUGUCAAUGCUCGACCUCUCGUCCCAUUGAGCUCUGAUCCAGAAGACACUUCCUUCCUCUCACCAUCUAUGCUUUUGACUCAGAAGCAUGGGAGCAUAGAAGAGGUACUUGUCGAAGAUUGCACCCGUAACAUGUACAAGGCUCAAUGGAAAAGAGUGCAAAUUCUAGCCGACCGGUUUUGGAAACAGUGGAGACUGCGCUACCUGCAAAGUCUUCAGCAGAGGCGCAAAUGGAUAAGCACGGAAAGGAAUGUCAAGAAAGGUGACAUAGUGUUGUUGAGAGACAAGGAGGUCAAAAGAAACCUUUGGCCUUUGGGCAUCAUUGAGAGUGUUAGUCCUGGAGAUGAUGGUUUGGUUCGUCAAGUGCAAGUUCGUCUGCCCUCGACUGGAAAAACCUUUUGCAGACCGAUUCAUGAGUUGAUUUUGUUGGUCGAGGCGGAAUAGAUACCUGUUCUCACUCCAAUCUUGGCAUGCUUGGACUUAAGUUAUUUGUGGAAAAUCUUGUACAAUUUUACAGUUUAUGGGCGGUGAUAUUUUAGCAAUUAUUGCUCUGUCAGUUUUAACGUCUAUUGGACGUUGGGGGGAGUGUGCUGCACGCGAUUAAAUAUAAUCUGUUCACUUGGCUUUCCAUAGUCAGAAACAAUGGCGCUCCUUUUGAGCGAACUAUCCUAUUUUCUCAAGCCACAAGUUUCGUAAAGUUUCUUAAAGUAUGGUUAUUAUAUCAUGUUUAAACUGGUUCUUGAAGGUUUAGGAUCGAGGUCUACUGCCUGAUGAUUUCGUUUAUAGGAGACAAGCGACAGAGAUUCAUGGGUUACAAUCCGAUUACGUCAGAUAGAUAGCUUGGAAGUGCACAAGUCUGUAAGUUCAUUUUGUUGAAUAGACAUGUAAGGACAGGAUAUAAGUCUACAUAAUUUUAGACUGGGAAACUGCCUUUGUAAGAAUGUUGUAUGAUAUACAAUGCUUUGUUCCUAAGUAUGGCAAGCCGUUUGCAGACCUCUAAAAUGGUCAGGUUUUGUAUAGGUACAGUCAUUACUAAAUAUUGUUGCAGUAAUUCUCAUUAUAACUUGAGCAUUAUUCCAUAAAUCUUGAAACUGAGAAUCUAUUGUUUGUUGUGAUUUUAAGGUGCAUCUGGUAGAAACUUUGAACAUAAAGGGAUUCACCUAUUAAAGUAAAUGUACGUUAGUAUUUUAUGUACUUACCUGUUUGGAUUAUGAUUGAUUCAUAAGUCUGAAUCUGCCUAGUUGGACUGUUGAGAACAUAGUUUGUUCUAUUAUGAUCUUUUACAUGUAUAAUUGAUGCGAUGUUAUCAUUCAUUGUAUUUUACAGUUUUACCACAUUCACGACGUUAUGCCGAAGUAAGGCUUGAAUAAAGACUAGAGUACAACCUUUCAA